AUGGGCAUUCCAAAUAACAUAAUCGAGGAUUUCAAGCUAUGCCACGGUUUACUGUUUGAUCAAAUUGGUGUGCGUCUUGCCCAUAAGUGUGCGGUUCAAGCGAAUUGGUCCAUCGAGGAAUCACCAAAGGCAAGACCCGCUGUACAGCUUAUAAAGACUCACAGAAUACAAGAUACCUUUAUAUACGAAAAUAACCUUACACUUGAUAAAGAGGGACCCCUCUUUAAUCCCCCGAAAGCAUUUUCUCGUUUUAAAGAAAACAACCCUCUGUAUGAAAGGACGCUCGAUAAGGCGGUUAUCUUCCGAAUAGACAAAGAACUAUGGAAUAUCAAUAUUACACGUGAUGAUAUCAAACCGACUGAUGAAUUUGUUGAAGCAAUAAAGAAAGCGAUUGAACAUAAGACACCGCAUAGAGCAUUGGACGAUGUAUUCUCUGAAUACGGAUAUUGGUUGAAUUGCAAAUUUAAAGUGGGCAGCAGGUUACAACGCUUUACUCAACUUGAACCUGGACAAGACCAUCAUCCCAAGGAUGUUGAAUUACGUCAAACAGAAUGGAUAGGCGAGUUUAUUUUCAAAGAUGGCGAAAAUAUUCUAUUCAACGAAAUCCACGAUGAAUGGUCAAAGGGAAUACGUCCGUUUAAGGGCAGCUACUUACUUUCAGCUGACGAUUCCGUAGUAAGAACCGGGGAAAUCAGCGCAUGGUUAAAAUAUAGCCCGAGAGUAUCUAACCAAUGGAGUGUAAUUGAAAGAGCCGAUUUUGUUCCAACUUAUAAAUUUUUAGAUGAAUCAUUAAUUGCCAACAUCGAAAUGUUAUUCAGUGAUGAAACAGAAAUACUCAUGAUUGGAGAAUCACCGAUAGACUAUCGGUGUCCUGAUCUUUGUCAAGUCAGGUUCUCUCAACCGCUAUUGAGCAAUGCAUAUAAAGUUCAUGGGGAAGUCUACAGCCAAGGGGAAAGAUGCGAUGUAGAUAUAACGCUAUAUUCUGCCAGCAUUUAUGGAUUUUUUCUCGAAAUUGAAUGGCCUGAAUUUCCGAGAAGCUUUGAGACUGUGAAAACGAGUCUUCUUCUAGUUGCUCAGCAUGUCCCACUCAUUGGGGAGGUCGCCAACGUAGCGGGGCAGAUUCUCGAUAUGAUGCAGGAGGCCCACCAUAACAAGGCGAUAUGCAAAACUAUUUACGACAUUGUUUUAUCCAACAUGGCUUUUCUAGGAUCAUUGGAUAAAGAAGAAUACAGCAACAACAAGUCACUUGAGGAUUUUUUGAGAGAUGUCUACCUUCCGACUCUGACUGAGAUUGCGAAAACGAUCGAAAAGAAAAAGUCGCCUCUUGAAUUU